UGUCUCACAUACAUCACAAAAUAUUUUCGAAUUUCAUUAAGCUGCUUAAAAGCAUCUUUAAAAAAUAUGAACAGGCAAAGCUUUGAGAUAGUGGGAAUUCAUUGAUUCAAAGGUGAAAACCGCGUUUUUUUCAGUAUGUUUACCUGGCUGCCUACCUUGUUCAAGUGGGGAAUUCAAAAUCAAUACAAUUUCGCGGUCAAUGAGGAGAAGAUUCUGCAAUAAUUUUCGGUGGAGCGGUUCUCAUUCAAAAAAAUUCUUAAGCUCUUGGUGCAAAAACGUUUAAUAGUUUUGUUACAUGUGAAAUUGGAUGGAUACAAAGUUGUUAAUAUAAAUUUUCUAUAACAGUGCCAAUGACAUUUUAGGAAAAUAUGGGGGAUUUUCAACUUAUCAAAAUUUGUCACCUACUAGCAUGUAUAGCCACAGUAAUGGGCAGUACCGUUCUCAUUGCAGACCAGAGUAUGUCAAAAAUGAUAGAGCUGACCACUCAGGAACCCUAUUGCAAUGUUCACACUGACAGGGGUACAAUUCGUACAAUGUUAUUGGCAGCAGACGCUGCAAAAGUUCGCCAAAUGUCAGACGAUGCUAUCAGUAAACUAGAAACGGUUUGCCGGAAUAAAGCUGAGCUGAUACGAAUGCAAGGGGGAUUUAUGUAUCCAGGAACAAAAUGGUGUGGUCCAGGAAACAAUGCUGCAAAUUAUUCCGAUCUGGGAAAAUUUCAGAAAGAAGACAUGUGUUGCAGAGAACACGACAAUUGCCCAAAAUAUCUCAUGAAAGGCGAAUGCAGGGAAGGAAUUUGCAAUAAUUCUCCAUUCACAAGAUCUCAUUGCGACUGUGAUGCCACCUUUAGAAAAUGCCUUCAAAAUGUAAACAGUGAAACAGCCAACACAAUCGGUGCAAUAUUUUUCAAUAUCGUCCAAGUGAUUUGUUUCAGAGAAAGAAGUCCUUGCUCAGAAUGGCAAAAAAACCCCAAUGACGUUCCAUCCCUAAUAAGGGAAAGUAUUAAGUCAUUUUUUAAUUACGGAACAAGUAAUUGUACAGCAGAAUGGGUGCAAUCAGAAAGAUAUGAAAGUCCGAAUAAAAAUAAUAACCGCAGUCGGAAUGGCUAUACCAAAGCCGAAUCGGAUAAAAUUUGCGCUUCGUGGAAUUUUAGACCAUCAGAAAAGUACUUUCCCCUAAUGCCGAUAACGACCAAUUAACAGUUACAAGCGCACUGUUUCAAAGAUAUGCAAACAGUCCACCGGCAGCCCAGCAGUUUCAAAUUUUCGACAAAAGGCAAUAAUAAAAUCAAAAAAAAGUUUAAGGGUAACCUCAGAGUAUUCUAGUUUCUUAAAGGCGGAUAGUAUGUAAUGACAAUUUAUUUUUAGACAAAAAAAAACUGUAACUUAGUGGUGAUAUAACUAGUUCAAAAUCAAAAGGAAUAGUGAUAUUAUAAUAGUAUAUUUUUCUUUAAGAAAUACAUAGAAGUUAAUAAAAAUUAUCAAUGAGCAAUGAUGAUUUUUAUUCUAUUCGAUUUGACUGAGAGACAAAGGAAUAAUUACUUCCCAUCAGAAGGGGUGAAACACGACUUAUACAGUAGUUAAUUAAUAAAAAAAAAUACCUUAAAAAACUUACAAAAAGACAAUACUUAAACAAUCAUCAAUACCAUGUCUCCUUAACUUAAUUCCAUUCGCAUGUCGUCAUCCACUGAAAAAAAAACAUAAGUAGUUGAUAAGUUAAAAUAGAAACAUUAAAAAAAAAAUCUUACACUCAUGAAACAUAAACUCUUGCUGAUAUUCCUUCAGGAACUGCACAGAUCUACCUUCAUCGAAAAACAGCUGAUAGGCCCUCUUAAUAUCCUCAACAUCCACCUCAUGCGCUUUACGUUUCCUAGCAAUCAAACUGGACGUCAUGAUCAGCUGCAUACCAUAUCUCAAAGAAGUUUCUUUAGAUAUUCUUGUCAGCACAGUCAAAGCAUUAUCUGACAUUUGACAGUCUUCUUCUUCACAUCGGAUGCUCAGAAUUUCUUUGAGUUCGUUCUCUUCGUAAGGACUUGUAGGGACGAUAAUUGUCCGAUCCAAAAGGUCUAAAGGAAUGCCGUGAGGAGAUUUGUAGGUGGUGCCUCUGAUUUUUGUUAUGCCACGAUUGGUGGCCAUAAUUACAAUUGGAGCCAUUUCGUUUUCUAAUGCUCUGUUCAGGAAUGAAAAGCAUUCAAUGUCCAACAUGUGAA